AUGCUCAGCGAGGAAGACUGUACUCAGCUUUUGGAGCUUUUGGCUCGUUAUGACUUUCUUUUGGAGCAGUUGGAAGUCAGUUUUACUGACGGCUUUCAGAAUUUGAGCAGAGCCAACUUUCACAACAAAGACGCCGUUAGAGGUCGCUACGGGAGUGAUUACUGGGACGAAAAGUUCAGGGGCUCUCAAUUCGUAUCUUUUAGGGACUCCAAUGCUUCGCUUAUGGAGUCUGAACGGGCAUUGACUUAUUUAGCACAAUUUGAAUCAGAAGAAGACAAAGACAAAGAAGAACAACUUAAAUACAAGACAGACAACUGCUUGAAAAAUCGCAAAACUAUAGAUAAAAAGCCACAAGAGCGAGCGACAAGCGUUCUUCGAGAUCCAAUUCAAAUGUUUGGCGGAGUUUUCUCAAUUCCAUCAUCUUUAAGACAUUGUCAAAGAAACUUUAAAGGCAGCAUCGGAGUAAUAAUCGAACUGGUGAACUGUCGCAGACAGAUCAAAGAAUUGAUAUCAUGA